GUUCCCUGUAACUUGGCUUCUCACAGCGAGGGAACCGCCAGAAGGCCCUCGGCACUGGACCUCAGUGUCCAGGCAGAGUGAUGGAGGUGGAGACGCUCCUUCAGGUAUACUGGACCGAGGCCGUUUAGGGCUUUAAAGGUCAUACCAACACUUUGAAUUUUGCUCUGAAACGUACUGGGAGCCAAUGCAGGUCUUUCAAGACCGGUGUUAUGUGGUCUCGGCGGCCGCUCCCAGUCACCAGUCUAGCUGCCGCAUUCUGGAUUAAUUGUAGUUUCCGAGUCACUUUCAAAGGUAGCCCCACAUAGAGCGCAUUGCAGUAGUCCAAGCGAGAGAUAACUAGAGCAUGCACCACUCUGGCGAGACACAUGCAUUUUAUGCACCCCUUCCCAUAAUAUAGGCAUCUUGCACUCACUAUUUGUUUAGAGAACCGAAUCCCAGGAUUUGGGGAAGCGUGAAUUUCAAAGGAUAGCUGAGUUUUGGUUUACCUUGCAUUUCGGGAAGUGCAGAUUAGGUCGGUUCCCCCUUAAAAUAUGAAUCAAACCAAAUCUCUCCCCCUCUGCCCCACUCUGUCUUCAGAAGCAGGAGGGUGUUUGGAAACUGUCCAUCAUCACAAUUCUAUUUAGAACCUAAGAGUGUUUAAUCAGAUGAACACUUGCGUCCUGAUCGUGGGCAUGUUUUCUUUGGAGCAAGUGUGUGCAAGAUUGCCGUCAAACAGGAAAAGUUGUCUUUCCCGUCUGUCUUUCAUCCCUGAACACGGGAUUGUGGCUGUAAACCUAUGUGGACAUACUCUGGAGUAGGGAUGUGGGAGAAAUUCGAUUCAGAUAUUAUUUGAAGCUGUAUCAAUCAAAUUCACACUAUCUGAAACAGUACUGGCAGCCCUGCAUAGGGAAGUUUUAAAUGUUUGACGUUUUACUGUGUUUGGUAUUUUAGUUUGUUGGAAGCUGCCCAGAGUGGCUGGGGUAAUAAUAAUAAUAAUAAUAAUAAUAAUAAUAAUAAUAAUAAUGGAACCGAAACACAGUUGUCCUUUGAAAUUUCCACCUAUCUGAAAUGGUUAUGCAGUUCACCAGCCAAGCAAUGUUUAUAAAAAAAAUGCAUCUCCAGUCGUACCUUGGUUUUCGAACAGCUUAGUUCUCGAACGUUUUGGCUCCCGAACGCUGCAAACCCGGAAUUGACUGUUCUGGUGUGCGAACUAUUUUUAGAAGCCGAAUGUCCAACAAGGCUUCUGCGGCUUCUGAUUGGCUGCAGGAGCUUCCUGCAGCCACUCAGAAGCCGCACAUUGGUUUCCGAAAGUUUUGGAAGUCUAACGGACUUUCGGAACGGAUUCCGUUCGACUUCCAAGGUACGACUGUAUUAGGGGAAAGCGUGAGUAAAAAUGAAUACACUGUGUUAGAGGAAAUCUGCUUGCAGCAUGCGUACAUUAGUUAAAGCUGCAUAUAGAAAUGUGUUUACGGGGAGAAAUUUGCAGUAGAAUGCUGAUGAAUUUUCCUGACAUGUAGCUGCAAAAUGUGGAGGCCUGAGUUUAAGAUUGGAAAAAUGAGAACCCAAGAGAACUGAAAUGGACAGAUCCUUUCUAUCCUUACACUGCACUAAGCCCCACUGAAGUCUGUAGAAUUGCUUCUCCCCAAAAGGCUGAACAGGGACAGCAUCGUUUAUUUCCGGGGGGACGCACCAGAGGAAUGCCCUUAAAAAUCUGGGGCAGGUGGCAUUCAUGGCAUGCAACAUUUGGAGAACAGUAGGGAAGAGCCAAAGCUCAGUGACAGAGCUUGUGUUUUGCCAGGGGUCUCCAGGCUAGGGCUAGGAAUGCCGCCUUUCUGCAACCCUGGAGAGGUUUUAUUUUCACCCUUUUCGUUGAUGAGCUGUUUCACAAGCAUUUUGUUUUGGUUAACAUGCCCCAAUCUUCAUGGCAUCAGGUUGAUCAACUUGAUUUUUGCAUUAUCUUUGGAGGAACGCACAUGACCUCUUUUUCGAAGCCGUAGCAGCCUAUUCAAAACCUAAUCUCGUGGUGGUGGUGGUGGUGGGGGGGGUCCAUCUGGAGUGGGCGACUUCCAACUUUUAAAAACACGUGUCAUUGUUGCUCAAAUUGCCCAGUGCUGCUGCCCUUGGUUGCCACUGGUUGAUGUCACAGACAAGUUGAGCACCAAAGGGUUGGGGCUUAGUGACAGGGGUCAGAGCAAGGAUAGCUGCAAAGCAGGGGACCCAAGCAGGCAGAAGGCAGAGAAAUUAGCCUGAGGGAAGGGUAAGUGGUGAAGGAGAAGAACUUGUGGCUGGACAGGGGAAAGAGCAAUUGAGCCUGGGGAGGUGGGCAAAGGGGAUGUGGGGGAAAAGACAUUUAAAAGGAUGAGCAAAGAAGAUAGAAAUAUUUGCCCUGUAGAUUUCCCCCCCCUCCCUUCAGAAACCAUGUUUUAGGUGAGGAGGACGAUUUCUCCUCCUGCAGGAGUACAGUUUUUUUCAUCCAUUUGCGUAUAAAUUCAUGUUCUUUGUAGUAUGCUGAUUUAUUUUUCCUUUGGGGAUAUGUGUGUUACUAAUCCUCCACACGGAGAGCCCGUUUUGGUUGCAAAGGCAGUUGCGGAUUCUCAAAACGUAUAAGCAACGUUGUCCAAGGAUCUUCUUUGCAUCUCCACUCUGCUAAAUCCACCCAGAGAGUCCUGUGGGUGGCAUCUGAGAGGCUUGUGGUUUAGGGUUUCUGAGCUUUCCAUAGACAAUCACUGGAAGCAUAAGGGAGGCCUCUGAUAAAGGAAGCUUCUAACUACCCAAGAGCCAUGAUUUCUGUUGCUGUAAAUUGGCUGUCUUUAGGAUUCUGUAAGACAUUCCUGGGAUUGCCAAUUUGCCCAUGGGCAUCAUGGCACCCUCGAAACCCCCCCCCCCCACUUAGCAUGUGAGUAGGCGCACUACAUUGCCCAAUUUUGUAAAAAUUGGGUUUCAUUUAUUUUAUUUUUUGUGGGUGGCACUGGGCUGGCUGGAGUGCAUAUACAGUGCAUAUACUGUACAGUCAUACGUCGGUUUAAGUACGCCUCUGUUUGAGUAUUUUCAGUUUAAGUACUCCGCAGACCUGUCUGGAACGGAUUAAUCCACUUUCCAUUACUUUCAAUGGGAAAGUUCGCUUCAGGUUAAGUACGCUUCAGGUUAAGUACGGACUUCCGGAACCAAUUACACCCAUGCUUCGGGUUAAGUACGCUUCAGGCUGAGUACUCCGCGGACCCGUCUGGAACAGAUUAAUCCACUUUCCAUUACUUUCAAUGGGAAAGUUUGCUUCAGGUUAAGUACGCUUCAGGUUAAGUACAGACUUCCGGAACCAAUUGUGUUUGUAAACUGAGGUACCACUGUAUACAGUCUUGUCUGGCCUCCUUGCCUACUUUCUCCACAAUGCCUCUGGGCCCCACAUGCGAGUCUCCUUUGUUUUGUUGCAUGGUGUGUAUUUUGUCUGGUUUUGUUUUACUUUGUUUGUAGGUAUUUUCCCGUUAGGAGGGUUUUCAGUUGAGGGGAGUAUUUGUUUUGUGGGUGGGUUGCCUGCUUUAUUGGGCUCAGUGUUCCUUGCUUUGGAGGGUGUGUAGGGUUGGGUUUUUUUACCUAGGCUGAUCCAAACUUACCUUUUGCCUCUGUUUUCAGGCAUAGGACUUUAAAGUUCCGUGUCCAAUUGCUCUAUGUUUUGCUCCAGAGCUUUACUGACAAAAAAACUGCUCUUUAGUGCUCAAUCAGACCAAACAGCAAUUCGGGUUUUCAACAUAUAGCUGUUUGCUCCAAUUCAGCUUUAAAGAGCAAGUUUUUGCAGGCAAAGUAAAAAGAUGGGGGGGGGAAAAGGGAGCUCAGACACAGAGCUUAAAUAUAUGAACUGAGCCUGGAAAGAGCAGAGCAAAAAGGUAUGUGUGGAAAAAACCCUAGUUUUAUAGAGCGGGUAUGUCUGAACAUCACUACUUCUUUGUAUGUGAAAUGGGUAUUUUCUGCUGCCCAUGCCGGUUUUGUUAGAUUUCCAAAUGUAUCCCCAAGCUCCCCAAAAAGAGGUGGGACCCCUGACUCUUUGGGCCUACCUUCAUUGAUAUAAUAGCCUUUUAGUGGAAUCCUUUUGUAAGCUGUAUUUUGAAUUAACAUGUUCUACAAUAUGUGGGAGAAUUGUGGGGCGGAGGGGGGCGGAGAGACACACAGAGCUAAAGCUUUGAAAACAACCCGUCCUUCUGUUUUUCAGAGAGAAUUCUGGAACUGAGUCAUUACUCUUCUUGUGUGUCCUUGAUCUUACUGUGUCUAGAGACGCAGCUGUCAAAUGAACAGGGGUUUAUGAGGUAAUUAACGGUGAUGGGGUGGAGAGAAACAGAUCCUUAGUUGUGACGCUAUUGUCUUGAAAUAAGAAUAGUUGGAAUAAUACAGCCAAAAUUCCCCUCUCCCCGGUGAGGCUGUAAUGUGAAAAUGCAUGGUUCGUUUAUUUACCUGAUUGGUUUCUUUUUACAGAAAAUAAACACACACACUCCAUUUUUGUUCAGCUGUAGUUCUGGUUACCUUGGCUUGCCAACUUUUGUCCUUGCCUCUGCUCCUGCACCUUUUGCAACAGCUCGGCACACUCGCAGACAUUAAACAGGUACAGCUUUUCCUCGGAUAGCUUCCUCUCUCCAGGCCAGGGAAAACUUUUGCCUGCUGAAUUUGUGCAUGCAACAGGCAGAGGAGCAGGACGAACAAAGCGGUGCGAGAAAAAAGUUGACUACCUGAAUGCCAGGCCAAACAGGAAGGUGUGAGAACAGUUCUGAAUGGCGUUCCUUUCUGAAGGACCCUCUAGGGAAAGGGAGUUCCAUGCUUAUGGGACAACCACUGGAAAUCCUCCAAGAACUGGGAAUCUGGUGGAUGUGGGGUGUGUUCGCGUGACCACCUUUCAGUGCGCUGAAGCUGUCCGUCCCCCUGGUGCAUUUCACAGCUCUCCCUUCCCCAGGCUGUUCACAUCAGCACAGCUUCAUUGAUGUCAGAAUCAUUCCUUUGGUGCUCACCUUAACAGGUGAGGUCUUUGCCCCCCACCCCGCACAGGUGUUCCCACUUUGGCUGGAGACCAAAUAGGACUCCAACCACUCUGAAGCUGGUUUGAGAAACAAUGCGUCAAACGGUAUUAUGGUGUUUUAGAACAAUGCACAGGAUACAUAUGAAUUUUGGGUUGUAUUCUGCGAGCACAGAACAGAAACCCAGACCCGCGAGCACAGUGAAUGCACAGCAAACAGGAAUGUGAAAACAGCCUUGGUCCGCAACCUGCCCCCUAGCACUGACCCAACCCAAGUGCUUCAGGAAGGCCUUGCAGGAACUUUCUCAGUCCAAAAGCAGCUCAAUAUCCCCCUCCUUGAGUGGUACGCAAAGCUGCUUUCAGGAGGCGGGCGCCGCCUUUGCUGCUGAGGGAAAGGCCCCUGGAUGUGUUGAGACUCGCUGCCUGUGUUGCUCCACCAAGGAGAGAGAACGAGAGAAUGGGGUGGACUAUCUGGUUUCCUGACUCACAGCGAGUGACAGCCACAGCCCGCUCUCUCUGGGGAGAGCAUUCUCUGCACUUUCCAGCGGGAACCGGGGUUCCAGCAAAGGCAUAGCUCUGGAGGAGGAGGAAGAAGAGAGCCAUUUAUUUGCAAGAAAACAGACUGGAGUUUCCUUGAGCCAGGAAGCCAGGUCUUCAGCUGGGAGAGCUGCCUGGGGAGAUCGUGGCUGAGGGGGAACUUUGCCUGCCUCGGUCCAAGAGGCUGCUGGAGAACUGGUUUGGCCCAGAAGCCACCAUUGCUCCAGCCAGCCAGCCAGCCAAGGCAUCCAUCGCCAAAGGGUGGUUUCAUUUGCUAUCCCACAGAAGGAUGCCCACAAAUGCAACCUGGCCUUCACACCCUCCCGGAAAGCUACCAAGCUAGCUGCCCCUCUGCCAUUCUCAACCAACCCAGCUACUGCCGUCUGCUAAUAACCAGCCAUGAACUCCGGACAGUCUUCCCACCUCUUGGGCUGCCUCUUGAUGUUUGCGGCUGCUCUGGCCACAGAUCAGAUGCCAAGGAUAACCUUCCGGAAAGGGGAUUCCAGCCGAAUAGUUUCCUCAUUCCACCGAAGGGGGGUUCAGAAUUACGACACUUUCCUCCUGAGCAAAGACGGGGCAACUCUCUAUGUGGGAGCCAGAGAUGCUCUCCUUGCUCUUGACAUCAGCAGCCCUGACUCCAUCGGGCUGAAGGGUGAGAUACUGUGGGGGCCCACAGCCACAAAAAAGGAUGAGUGCGUCUUCAAGAAGAAAAGCAAUGAGACCGAAUGUUUCAAUUUCAUCCGUGUCCUGGUGCAGCUGAACGACACACACCUUUACGCCUGCGGGACGUACGCUUUCAGCCCCACCUGCACUUACGUUGACCUGGAGAAUUUUACCCUGGUGGCUGAUGCGAACGGCAAACCUCUCCUCCUGGAAGGGAAGGGCAUUUGCCCCUUUGACCCCCAACAUCAGAAUACAGCAAUCGUAGUCGAUGGUGAACUUUACACGGGUACCAGGAACAACUUUCAAGGCAACGAGGCCAUCAUCACUCGCACCCUGGGCAGCAGGACUGUUUUGAAGACAGAUAACUGGCUGCAUGGUGAUGCAGCUUUUGUGGCCUCCUUCAACAUCCCGGUCGACGACAAAGUCUACUUUUUCUUUGGGGAAACAGCUAAGGAGUUCGACUUCUUUGAGAAACUGACCGUCUCCAGGGUGGCUCGUGUCUGCAAGAAUGAUGUUGGAGGAGACAAGGUGUUGCAAAGGAAAUGGACCACAUUUCUGAAAGCUCAACUGUCUUGCACCCAGCAGGGGCAGUUCCCUUAUACUGUCAUCCAACACAUGUUUGCCCUCCCACAGCCAGGAGGUGGCGCUGAUUUCUACGGUGUCUUUGGUUCUCAGUGGCAGGCAGGAAAUCUUGGGAGCUCAGCAGUGUGCGCCUUCAGGCAUGAUGCUAUCAAAAAGGCCUUUGAUGGGAAAUACAAAGAGUUGAACAAGGACUGUUCCCGAUGGAUGACCUACAACGGCCAGACCAUGAACCCUCGUCCUGGCAGUUGUUCUGUUGGCCCGUCUUCAGACAAAGCUCUGACGUUCAUGAAAGACCACUACCUGAUGGAUGAGAAGAUUGAGCCGACCGAUAACCAACCUCUGCUAGUGAAGCAAAAUGUUAAAUACACCCGGAUUGUGGUGCACCAAACUCAGAACAGCUUGGGAUAUCCCUACAACGUGAUGUUUCUUGGGACAGACAAAGGUGCCCUUCACAAAGCCGUGGUCAUUGGCACCGAGGCUCACAUCAUUGAGGAGAUCCAGCUCUUUGAGAAGCCAGAGGCGGUCCAAAACCUGCUGCUCUCCCCUGAAAAGGGGAUUCUGUAUGUGGGCUAUUCCACGGGAGUCCUGCAAGUGCCCUUGGCGAACUGCAGCAUCUACACCACCUGCGCCAACUGUGUUUUAGCGCGAGAUCCUUACUGCGGCUGGGAUGGGCAGAAGUGCCGAGAUAUCCGGGGUGCUACAGACAACUUGAAUGACUUGGUGCAGAAUAUCGAGGCAGGGAAGCCAGAUCCUGGGUGCCAGCCCAAGAGCGGAAAUGGCAGAGCCAUACCAAGGACUCGGAGUGGCCCUGAAGGCAGUUUGCUAACAAUUAUGACGGCUUCGUUCAACACCAUGGUGAGGCUGCCCUGCCCGCAGGCUUCCGCUCUGGCCAACUACUCAUGGAACUACCCAGACAGGAAGAUUCCGGACAGGCUGAUCCUAGAGGACGACAAGGCUCUGGUCAUCAUUGUGCACGAGGAGACGUUGGGUCUCUAUGAGUGCUGGGCCAGCGAGAACGGCUACAAGCAAUCUGUGGCGCGCUACCACGUGAGGACCCGUGACUCCCCUGCCAGGGUGGACGGAGCCCGUGAAUCGUAUGCUGAAGGAGAGCCAGUGGGGGAGUAUCGCUCCUACUGGGUCCAGUUUGUCACUGUGACGGUGCUGCUGUCAAUGACCUUGGCCGUCGUGGUAGCGCUGGCCUUUUUCUCCUACCACGACAAGCUGAAAGCGAGGAGCAAAGUGCAGGGCUGCAGCAGCCUCCCCGACGCCAGUAAGCCCUCCGGGCAAGAGAAGGUCCCUCUCAACAGCAGCCAGAUCCCCCCGCAAAACAGCGAAUACCAGAUGCAGGGCCCUUGCCAGGAAGCUGCCGACAACUCCAAAACCUGCUGUGUUGAAGUGGGGGGGCCCUUUCAGGACAUCGACGCUGACAACAACCGCUUGGACUCGGGCCUGGCCAAUGGGGAUGACUCUAGAGCGGCCGUGGCAGCGGAGGGGAUCUAGCCUUGCCUACCUUGUCCCCCGCCAGCUGUUGCCAGGAGCAACCAUUACCAAUUGCAACAAAUUCACACAGCCAACCUGACAAAAAUGAAAAGACCAGAAGUCUUAGCACUACUGUGGUGCUCUUUUGAAACACCACCAGAAAACACAGAGUUACCUCUGAUUUCAGUAUUUUCCCCCCUCCCCCUUUUCUGGUCUGUUCAAUGCCACGUAAAACCCAGGGCUUAGUGUUGCACCGCUGGCUGAAUCCCUGUCGUGCUUUCAUGUCCCCACCUCCAUCCAUAGAGUGCUGGGCCAGCACCCCCAAAUGCUCACUCACUGCCAAGUCGCCAAACCUCUCUGCAAAGUGCUUACCAAAACCCAGAAGGCGGAGUCCCCUCGCUAACUCCUGGUCUCCAGAGCUGUUGGGUUUGGAGAUGCUCAGGAGUCAAGGGCAGGUGUGGCAAGGAGUGGUUGGGUCAGGGCUGUUUGCUCCAUGGAGAGGUAACAGCCUGGAUGCCAUGCAUCCUAGAUGCCAACCAGAGUGAGAGAGGGGCUACAGAGGAAUGGCCUCGGCUGAGAGGGUGGCAGUUCUUAAGGUCACGGCGAUGCAAGGCUGGGCUUCCUAUGCAGACGGGCAAGCUCAGUGAUCAUCGUGAGGCAGCUCUACAAAGUAUAGUGGGCCACAGAACAGGGAUACUGAGAGGACGGAGCUACAGGGCGCUCUGUGCAAGGUUCCCUGGAGCAGAGGGGCCCUUGUGCCUUAUCGUGCCCAAGGUGGUUCUCAGUCUUCCUUUGCGGUUAAGCUAGGCCUGCCUCUGACUUGCAUUUGUGGAGAGUGUGGCAGGUCUCCAUUUUGCCUGCUUUGAAUUAAAAAAGAAACAGAAGUGGGUAGGUGGGAGGUGUUUGGAAGGUCUUUCUGUGUCCUGCAAGGAGCGCUCAGGAGCAGAGGAAAUGGCCUUACAGUGAGUCGGACCACUGGUCCGUCCUGCUCAGUAACACUGACUAGGGUAUCAGAAGGGAUGCUCUCAAUCCUAUCCAGAGAUGUAAGGGACUGAGCCUGGGACAGAAUGGUCCGCCACUGAGCUGCGCCCUCUUAUAGCUUACCUAAGGAGUCCUUCUCCACACCUUGCGAAACCAUUAGAGGCCCCUUUCACCUGUUUUGUAGCAGGUCUGUGUGCUCUGCUCCAUAAUAUACAUAAUUGCGUAGCCGGGCCAUUGAAAUUCUGUGCCAAAAAGCAAAAAAGAAAUCUUGGUUGGCUGCCAUAAUUUUGGUCCUUUUUUUCCUUUUAAAAAGGCACGACAUGUUUGCAUAGUUUAUGUUGGUUUUCUGGGUUGUGUGGGCCAGGAGAAUUAGCUAUGCAAGGCCUGAAGGGUGUCUCCCCACCCCUUGAAAUCUUCCGCACAUACCUACCCCCCCCCCCAGCUUCUACGAUUUCCACAGGCAUCACUCGCCUAGUUUUUCAGGCAUGGGCUUUGCAACCAUAAGGACUAGAUUCUUGUGCCCCUUUCUACUUCCUAAAGUGAAACCUGUGAUUCUUCGAAAGAUGGUCCCUUGCCCUCGGCAUACCACGCUUUCUGCACGCCUUGCCCACGUUCUUCCGGAACUAGAGCAUGCAACAUAUAAGAGCUACCCACACGUGGAGACCAUUGUAAAUUGCUUGGGUAAAGCAGUGGGCUCCCUUACACCACGGGUGGGCAACAUGGUGCUACGGAUGGUGGGAAUUGUAGUCCAUCCACACUUGGAAGGCACCACAUUGGCUAUACCUGCCCUGCAGCUCGGGCAACUUCCAACCAUCUUCUUUGCUGCGCUGUAGCACCAAUCGCCUGAUUCCAUGUGGGAGUCUCUACGGGAACAACUCCCCUGUAAGGCGGUUUUAUUUUGGCAGCCAAUUGGGCCUCAUGCUGGUGCCUACUGUGAGAAGACUCAUUGCUAACUCAUCCCGCUUUUCAGUUGCAAAGUGCUUUACCUGCGUUUGGCCUCACAACCCCCCUGUGAGGUAGGUCAGUAUUAUUCCUCUUCGACAUGUGGGCAGCAAAAGGAGUUUGCCCAAUGUCCUGCACAGAGCCAAAUCGCAUCUCCUCUUGACACAGGUGCCUUGGCUGGCUUGGCAGAGGGAUGCCUGAGGGGGCUCCCCCUUCCCCAUUUGCUUUUCUCCUCUUCCAAAGUCAGUCAGAAGUCUUGGCUCCUGGAACUGAGCCUAUCAACAACUCCUUAGGAAGUUUCCUGUGCCCCCCCCCAUAUCUUUCUUUUCCCAUGUAUGUUGCUCUGCUGACCUCUAGUGAGCAAAACUGCAUUCACAGAAGCUUUCAAGCCUUCCUUUUGCUCCUACAACUUUCCUCUGUUGUAUUUGCUCUGUUUGUGGACAGACCUUGGUUGCUGGAGGAAGGGAGGUGUGUGAAACAAAAUUUGUCCUGAGUUCUAGGCCUGUCUUUACUGCCAUUGCCUUGGGCAUGCAAAACUACUUGCAGUAUUUCUUGUUUUAAAAUUGCAUUGUUUUUGUUGGUCUAAAAGAAGAAUUAUUUGAAUGAGAGACUUCCAAGGUCCAGGGAUUCCGCUAGCGCACUAAUGCUCUGGACUCAGCGAUGUGGACAUGCCUCGUAGGAAGACACAUACGUUGCCACCGGAGGCUGUUUCAUACAGUAGCAACCAACUGUACACUUUGGGGAGAGGAAAGGCUUGCUCCACGAUGACCAUACCUGCACGAUUAAUCUUUUAGCGAAUAAAAGUCUUUGUCGUGUCCAUGUUUUGCCUUUUUAGGUGUGUCUUUAAAACGUCUUUGGCCUGCGCUGAAGAAAAAGUGAUGUAUGAAGAGGACCUGAGUUCAAAAGGCGCAUUGUUUCUUCCAAGCAGCAGCAGCUAUUGGCAUGCCUUGUACACACCUUUCCUCUGUGUGUGUACAUAUAUGUGUCUGUGUGUCUUUGUAUGCAAGAGAGUGAUGUUCUUAACUGUUGUAUUGGAGUGGUACCUCUUCCCAAAGGAGGGAUAGGUGGGAAAUCCUAGCCGGUACACCUUCUCACCAGCUAAUUUAACUGUUUAUCGAUUGAUAAUUGGCCAUUGAGUUGCAGGGGGCGGGGGAAGCGAAAUCUUCAAACGUAUACUUAAAAAACAAACAAAAAACAGGUACUGUCCUAAAAGUUUUAAUGGGAGCGAAGUGGAAUAUAGGAGGAGACUUUUCCCAGAGGAAGUAAUAUUUAUAUCACUUAGUCUGUCCUCACAACUUCUCAGGUUUUUGCCUAUUUAUCCUUCCCUUCUGAGGAAUAAGCAAAAGCACUCCCAUGUUUGCAGAGCCAUCAAAUUGCAGGGUUGGAAGGGGCACAGGACCAUCCACUCCAACCCCCUGCAAUGCAGGAAAUCACAGCUCCCUGCCACACACCAUAUUGCUGCUGUGUACACACUAUAUAUAUAAAACACACGCACACCUAGAAUCCUGGGAACUGCCGUUUACACCUCGGAGAGCUACAAUUCCCAGCAGUCCUAACUGCAGUUCCCAGGAUUCAUGGGGGGGGGGGGAGUGCCAAUUAAAUGUCUGGUGUAUACACAGCCAGUAUCACCAAAUGAGGAUUUUUAAAGGUGAGCUGCUUUUUCUUCCCAUGCUCCUUGAGAUCCAGUCAGAUGAUGCCCCCCCCUCCUCACCCCACAGCAAAGCUCAUUUUACCAAGAUGGGGGGGAAUUAUGGCUCUUAUCGGCUGCUGUUAAGUUGGAGUGACUGAGGCUGGAGAGAGAGAUAAAAUUGUCAGUUGAAAAAUCAUUUUCUGUGGUGGACACUAGCCUUUGCCUCAUGCCUUCUGGGUGUUUGGGACUCCCGGCUUCAUGCUUUUCCUGGCUGGGGCUGAUGGGAGUUGGAGUCUGAAAUGGCCACCUCUGUCAGGGGCUGGUUAGUCCAAAACAUCUGAAAGGCACCAGGUAAGCAAAGGCUGGCAUGCACAGGUACACAGUUCUUCCACAGUUGCCUCUGGUCAAACAGACCUUUGAAAACAGGAAAAUAAAAAAGACCUAAUUUCUGCUUGGGUGGAGGCAGAAGUGGGGAGCACCUCAAGCAGGGACCCCCCCUUUAAAUUGCCCUUCAGAAAAAAACAACAACCUCUCUCCAGCCUGAUUUGAUCUCAGUGGAGGAAAAUGCAUGUCCAACAGGGUGUUUUGUCUGUUGUUCAUUGUGUUGUUUAUAACUUGUUUUUUUAUGUGUUUAUAUGUACUAUUUUUAUUAAAAAGUUUGAUGCAUUGUG